UCAAAAGAAAUGCUUCUUGUAGAGCAAAAUAUCUGCAGUUUAUCUUCUGGUUGAUGGCGACAUUUAUCUUGCUUGCAAGGCCAACUACUGCCAUUGCAUCACUGCCAUCUGAUCUAUACCAGCCCGGCAAUGGUGUCAUUCUCGAGACAUGGGAUCUUUCAACCGCCCACAGCAUCGACAAAUUUGACAAUAUACCAGAUUUUCCAGGAUGUCCAACAGGGGUGGAAAACGCAGACAAUUUUGAAACAGAUAAAAAUUGCACAAACGUUAUUCGGCAUGGCCGUUACAGAGGGACAUUUGUCUCCCCUCAAACUGGAAUACACAAGUUCUCUGCUAUCUGCGACAACCAAUGCAAUGUAUACAUCAGAAACAUUCCGGAUGGAUUUACAAAGAUAAUUUCAAUAAGUUCAAUAACAGAGGAUAGAUGGGAUAAGAGUGUCGAUUCUGACGGUGUGGAUAUAGUCAAAGGCUUUAGAUAUGACAUGAUGGUAUAUCACAAAGGUGAUUGUGUAGGCAAAGAUUUUGCUCGAGUCGGAGUAGUGUUUCCGGAUUUGACAGAGGUUAAGCCUAUAAAUAAAACCUACUUGCAACGAUCAAUGGAACAUUACCAAUGGACUGGAAUCCUAGCUCAAAGAUAUGAAGAUUGCAAUUUAGGAGCUCAUCCUCUUAAGAUAGCGUACUUCUACAACAACAAUUUGAAAUAUCCAAACAGCCCAUCGUCGUGGACAUGUCGCUCUACGUUGUUCUCAACAUAUCAGUUUAAAGACUUUGGAAAUAACUAUGCUUUGCUCUACAUCGGGUACUUGAACGUUCCAGAAAACUAUACAUACCAGCUCGAAAUGUGGUGCAAUGAGAUCUGUGAAUUUUUCCUGACAUACAGCAGCGUGGAGUCAAGUCUUGGUACAUUUGUUAUUGUAGAUUACAGAAACCCAACAUCAAUAACUAUGAACACAGGACAACUGUCUAAGUCUGUUGAAUACCCGAUCAAGAUCUUCACAGCAGAUUCAAUUGGAAAUGACUACAUACGUGUUAGACAUAGAAAAAGCAAUGUUGGUAAUUUUUCUUCAUCUUGGAGUGGAAUGAUACGUAAUCUCAAAGAAGGUGAUACAGCAAAGAGCAUACCAGUUCCAGUUUUGACUGUGAUAAACUCAACGGCAAUCACUGCAACACUUUUUUCUGUUCCGUAUCUCCCUCCUCUAGACGGAUGGACAUAUAUUCCGGACCAUGAAAUUCGGUAUUAUGAAGACGGAAAUGCAACAAACUAUCGUACCAUAACCGUAACGGGCAGUCUCCCACAAACACGUAUGGUAUCAGGGUUGAAAAAAUACACAGCCUAUCGGUUCUAUGCCCUUUAUUUUGGUACAAUAAAUGGCAGUAGUCAAAAUAUCAUGUCUGAAAGCUCUUUACAGAAAACUGAUCAAGACAUCCCUGAGGCAGCCCCAGAAAGUCCAGUUGCAAUCAAGAAUUCAUCAACCUCCAUAUUGUUUAGCUGGCGUCCUUUAAGUGACGAAAAGCUUUGGAAUGGCAUACCACUAUUUUACAAGGUGCAAUAUCGAGAAAGAACUGAUGGCUCUAGCUGGAUGACGACAGACAGGAUGGCAGAUGUAAACUCAUAUUUGGCAGUGGGUCUAAAAAAAUAUACAAACUAUGAGUUUAAGGUGGCUGGGAUGACAACAAAGGGAGCCGGAGUGUUUACUAUGGCUAUUGAAGAAAGAACAGAUGAAGACAUUCCAACAGCUGCUCCUGUGUCCUUUCAUAUUGCUGGCAGCAAAGGAUCUGCAAUGUUAAGUUGGCAAGGUAUACCAGUUGAGCAUAGAAAUGGCAUCGUAAGAGGCUAUGUCAUACAUUUCAAAAUAGGCAACAAAGAUACCAAAUGGAAUGAAACAAUAAGCACUGCUUUAAAUACCACCGUUAAUGGUUUAAAGAAAAAUGAACAUUAUGAAUUCAAGAUUGCUGGUAAAACAGACAAAGGAAUUGGGACGUUUGGCAAGUCUUUAAAAUUUUCAACAUAUGAAACGAAUCAAGUCGACAAAGAAGCUCCUUCUGCUUUCAUUACUAACAUCAAAUUCACAAAUAUGGCGUUAGUUAAGCAUCUUUCAAAAGUAGUUCAAGUCACUUCUACCGAGGAAUGUUUCAACGUUUGCAAAAACUGCUUCGAAGCAGGAAGUGGAUGCAGAUGUGCCUCUAUAAAUAUCAAGAGGGCAGCCGCAACAUCAAUAUGGGGAUGUGAAAUCAACGAGGAGAGCAAGGAAGCAUUUCCUUGUGAUUUUGUAGCAACGGAGGGUUCCCAGUACUAUGAA